AUGCAGAUUCCUGAUAUUGUAUUUGGGUCAUCUUUAGUAAGUGAAAUGGAGCGUUCCAAGAAAUGUCCUACUUGCCGUGCAAAAACGAUACCGAAGAAUAUUGUAAAACGUUUAUACUUCUCCAACUUUGGAAAUGAGUCCUCAGACUCUGUCGAAAGUUCCACUCUUGUUGCCGCACAAAAUGUUAAUACUCUCGUCUCAUCGAUGCCGGGUAUUGGGGAAAUGAUGGGGUCUAAUGGAAGCAUUGAUAAUACUGAUACUUCUUUUGUUGAUGAGGACUAUGAUGAUAUUCGUAACGAUGAAGACGAUGAAAAUGAAUUAAUGGACACUUCCGAUACAAAUGCCGAUAGCUGGGAUGAUAGUGACGAAAGUAUCGAUACAGAUGACAGUGACGGAAGUAUAAGUGAGGAAGAUGACCAUUUUGGUGAUGAUAGUGACCAAAGUAUGGUUACGGAAGAUGAUCAAUUUUUGGAAGAUAGUGACCGAAGUGUGAUUGAGGAGAACGAUCAUCCAUUAGAAGAUGUUGUCUCUGCAGAACUAUACCAAAAUGUUAGUUCAGGAAGUAGUAACUAUGUGGAUAAAGAGUCGCAGACAGAUCUUCAAAGUCAAAUACUUGCUUUUUAUGGAGAAUUGGCAAGUGGGUCUGAAACUUCAUUCAGUGACGCAUCGCCCUUUACUAGCACCACGUUUUCUGAUUCUUCUUAUGAUUCAGACGGGGUCAGGAUGCGUGGUCUCAGCUUUGAUGAAUCAGAUAGAGCCGGGUUUCGUAAGCUUAUACAUGAAGGAGUGUAUGAUCCAUUUUUAUUUAAAGAUGACUGA